UGGGGCGGGCCAGAGGCGGGCCAGCCUGGGCCCGGCCUGGGGAGGCUCACACAGCUCUCCUUGGCACCCAGCCCCCCGGAGCCACCAUGAGCCAGCCCCGACCCCCGGGCCUAGAGGAGGCUGCCCUUGAGACCCUCCUGGGCGACCUCAUCGGCUACUACAAAGAGGAGGCAGGGGCGGGCCGGCUCCGGGUCUGCAGGCAAGCAGCCCUCACCCACAGGGCCCAGCGGCUCUUGGACACGGGAGCCCCCCCUCAGUUCUAUCUGCCUGAGCUUCUGGUCCCUGAUCCGGGCUCCACUCACUCCUGCGGGGCACCCAGCCCUGCCCAGAGUGUCUGCCACGAACUGGUGCAAGCACUAGAAUUCCUGGAGCUCAUAUCUGUCAACCUACUUCUGUUUCCCUGGAGGAAGGAAAUCAGGUCCCUAAAGACAUACACUGGGAACUUCGCCUACCGGGUGCAGCCUGUACUCUCCGAAUACACACUGCACAGCCUUCUGGGCAGGCUGGGCUACACGGCCACCUCCGAGGCGGAGUUUUCGCUGGUCCAGGCCAUCAGCAAGGAGGACGCCAAGCAGAUGGUGUUUGAGAUCUUCCUGGCGAGAGUUGCAUGUGAGGCCAUUCUGGAAACCUCGAGCAGGCAGGUGCCGGGACUGGGCAGAGAGAAACUGGCCAGGCCCCACUCCAGGCACAGCUCAGGGAGAAGGCUGGUGAAGGCCCACAACUGUCCCGUGGGGGCCCAGCCAGGCCCGGGGUCCCCAGAAAGGCUGGGGCCUGAGAGGGCCCUAGCCGAGGGCCCUGACCAUCAGAGCGCUGUGCCGGUGGCCCUGAGUCUGCCUGAGGUCUUGACGUUCCCCUGCACCCCUCUUGCUGGCCGCCUGCUCCGCUUGGACUUCCAGCACCGCACCAGCAGAUGCUCAGACAGUGAGGAGUUCUUGACCUGCUACAGUGACCUUGUUCUGCACCGGACACCCUUGUUCCCCAAGGACCUUGUCCUGAGCAGCUUGAAGGCAGACCAAGUCCAGGGCCCAGCCCAGGCUCCCAGCCCCCCUUCAGGUGAGGCAGUCACCUCCUCAGCUAGCAGCGGUGAGUGGUCCCCGGUCCCUGAUGCAGCUCCUGAGAACAGAGUGGUCACCGUACCCAGCCAGCUCUGCCUGACACCAAGUCCCCAACUGUCAGGGAAGUCCUUGGAUCCAAAGCCAGAAGCCCAGGCAGAGCCAGCCACCCCUGACACCGACGCUGUUCCUCCAAACACUUCCUGUGAGAUGCAUGAGCUCUGUGAACACCUCUCCCAUCUCCUUGGACCCCCAACUCUAGCGGGCCAUCCUCAGGGCUUCCCAGGCCCCGGGCUUGAGGGGGAUGAACAACCAGAGCCUCUCAGGGGGCCAGAGCCAGCCGGCGAGGGUGGCAGCCCAGACAAUAGGGUCACUCAGCUCUGGAGGGCGACUCAGACCCCCUCUCAUGUACGAGAGCCCCCCAACACGCACUAUGUCCCUCCCGUGGGAGCCAGAGGUGCCAAUUCCCACCCGAGACCACCACUCAGGCAACAGCUGAAAACGUCACCCCUGGAUGGCACAGGAACAGACACCCUGACUGAGCACAUGGCUCUGCCACCAGCAAAGUGACUACUUAGAGAAGCGGCAGCUCUGGGGCCCACAGCUUGUCAGACGCAGGGACCAAUCUGCUCAUCAGUCCCUCUGGUCUCAGGUCCCAGCCCUGUCACCUACUGACUGUGUGACUUCGCGCCACUCACUCUCUCUGAGCCUUGUUUCCUCAUCGGUAAAGUGAGUGUGGUCGGACCUACUCGCAGGAGGCUGGGAAGAGUUGGAGAGACGAGGUGUGCAUGGCGCCCCUCAGUGCCUCCCUUGGGCGCUUCCUGUCCCUUCACGUCCCUUGGGCAUAUCCGAGGGGCAACUUCCUUCAGCAUCCUUCAGGCACCUGUCACAGGGCAGAUGAAAAGACAGCUGCGUAGAUAACCAGACAUAUAAUAUACCCUUAACUCGCUUAGACUCCUCGGUCAGCCUCCCUUCACUCUCUACUAACUUCUGGUUAACAGAGAACAGAACCGGGGCGCCUGGGUGGCUCAGUCAGUUAAGCGUCUACCUUUGGCUCAGGUCAUGAUCUCCAGGUCCUGGGAUCAAGUCCCACAUCAGGCUUCCUGCUCUGUGGGGAGUCUGCUUUUCUCUCUCGCUCUCUCUCUCUUCCCCUCUCCCUUCCCCACUGCUCGUUCUCUCUCUCCCUCUCUCAAAUAAAAAUCUUUAAAAAAAAAACAGAACAAAACCACACUUGGGAGCUCAGGAUCAUAUGCUGGCUCCCCAUCCAAGGAUCGGGGCUCCACUCGUGGGCCACAGGCCCCCCUCCACCAGCCAUCUGUUGCUCCCACAUGUGCACAUACACACACACACACACUUGCACACAAGUGGGUACAUCCAGAGGUGCUGCUCUCCCCACAGCAUUCGCUACCCAAGCAAAUGACCCUGUCUAUGCACAAGCUAAAGCCAGAGGACCCUGUCUAGGCCAAGUUCCAGGAUUCUCUUGCUCAAUUUUCUCCAGGGGCUCCCAAGGCCACACCAAGCCCGAGGCUCGGCCCCUCACUAUACUCCUGACCUCAUCUCAUGCCCCUUCCUUGCCCCCAACCCGCUUCAGACAAGACAGACUGGCAUCUUCUAGAUUCCCCAACAACCUAAGCCAACCCCUACCUCCCAGCCUCUGUGUAAACUGUUCACUUCCCCACUCCACACCCUGUCCCCAUCUUUCUUGUUAUUCACAUCUCACCUUAAUGUCACCUUCUUAGAGAGACUUUUCCCCGGCCACCCAUCUAUCACAUCAGCUUAGUUUAAUUUUCUACACGAAGACAUUUCAUUGAUUCAUUUUCCAUUUCCUGCACUAGAACAUAAGCUCUCAGAGAAACUUCACCUUGACUCAUUCACCAUGGUUUCCAAGGAUCCAUCAAAUGAAACCAUCAAAUGAGUAGAAAACUUAGAAAAUACAGAUGAAAGGCACCUGGGUGGCUCAGUCCAAUGAGUGUCUAACUCUUGAUUUCAGCCCAGGUCAUGAUCUCAGGAUUGUGGGAUCAAGCCUCGCAUUGGGCUCCAUGCUCAGCACAGAGUUUGUGUGUCCCUCUCCCUCUGUUCCUCUCCCACUUGCACUCUCCUCUCUAAUAAUUUGAUAAAAUCUUUAAAAAGAAGGAAAGAAAGAAAAAGAAAGAAAGAAAGAAGGAAGGAAACAGGGGCGCCUGGGUGGCUCAGCCGGUUAAGUGUCUGCCUUCGGCUCAGGUCAUGAUCCCAGGGUGCUGGGAUCGAGCCCCGCAUCGGGCUCCCUGCUCAGCGGGCAGCCUGCUUCUCCCUCUCCCUCUGCCUGUCUCUCUGCCUACUUGUUCUCUCUCUGUCAGAUAAAUAAAUAAAAUCUUAAAAAAAAAAAAAAAAAAAAAAAGAAAGAAGGAAGGAAGGAAGGAAAGAAAGAAAAUACAGAUGAAUAUGAAAACAAAAGCAGAAGUUACUAUAGUAUCUACUACUGGGAGAUACUCAAUGUUAUGGUAUUAGCAUAAUUUGGCAUGGAGACCAAACUCAGGACUCUUGAGAUCAAGACCCAAACUCAUAUCAAGAGUCAGACACCCAACCAACUGAGCCACCCAGGCGCCUCUUGGUCUUUUUUUAUAAAUGUGGGGUUAUAGUAUUUAUAGUGUUGUGUUCUGCUUUUAUUUCCCAGGAAGAGAGUUAUUUUAACUAAUUUUAGAUUUAGAGAAAAGUUGUGAAAUAAUGCAAGGAAUUCCCUUACAGUCCUCCCCCUGCUUCCCCUGAAACUGACAUCUUACAUAACCAUAGUACGAUUGUGAAGAACAGGAAAUCAACACUGAUACAGUAUUACUGACUAAGCUACAAACCUUUUUUAAAUUUCACCAGUUUUCCCAUUACUACCCUUUCUCCAUUACAGGAUCCUAUCCAGGAUCCCACAUUGCAUUUGUUACUUUUCUUUCAACUCCUCCAGUCUGUAACACUGUCUCAGCCUUUUGUCUUUCAUGAUCUUGAUGCUUUUGGUCAAAAUUUAAUACUAAUCAGUUUUAUUUGAGUGUCACAAUUUGGGUUUGUCUGGUGGGGGGGGGUUGUUUGUUUUUUGUUUUGUUUUAUGGCUGAAGUUAUGCAUGUCUGGCAAAAUAUCAUGAAAAAAUGAUGCUGUGUCCUUGGUGCAUCUUAUCAAAGAGUUCAUGACGUCAAUACAUCUUAUUACUGGUGAUAUUUACCUGCUGCAUCCCUGGAAUAAACCCCUUGUCCUAGGAGCCCUGGUUCCUUUCAUUGGAGAAGGAUGUUUAGACACCAAGAUCCAGGCUCCAGGUGUGCUCACUGUUUCUGGCUGUCACUGCUUUCAAGCCUAGUCAGGAAACAUACAGAUGUGUACUAACCCAUGCAUAUACACAUGUGGCUCUCUUUCCAUAUCUAUAUAGAAAUUUAAAACUGUGAGUUUAUACUGAUGCCUCUGCUUCUAAUCCAACACCACAGGGUUUAUUUUACCUGUGCCCUUUUAUUUAUAACUUCUUUCUCUAGAAGAGAAUGAACCCCAGCUCUCUUAAUCUACAGUCGACUUAUUUGCUCAAGACUAUUACUAGGGGUGCCUGGGUGGCUCAGUCGUUAAGCAUCUGCUUUGGCUCAGGUCGUGAUCCCAGGGUCCUGGGAUCGAGCCCUGCAUCAGGCUCCCUGCUCUGCGGGAAGCCUGCUUCUCCCUCUCCCACUCCCCCUGCUUGUGUUCCCUCUCUCGCUGUGUCUCUCUCUCGGUCAAAUAAAUAAAAUCUUAAAAAAAAAAAAAAAAAAAAGACUAUUACUAAAAUUCCAGAAUUGCUAACCAUACCUCCAUGAGAAACACGUUUAAAACUAUAGGACAGCAUUUAGGAAGAGUGAUUUUUGCCUCUACUCUUCCUACAUCCAGUCAAGACCUUGUUUUCCAGUUACUUAGGCUACUUCUUUAUUUUCUCACCCCUCCAAUGUGGCCGUUUUUCACGUGGGAUGUUGUCAGGGCCACCUGUUUUUGUUUUCUGUGUUCCACUCCCCCUACAUCCUCCAUCUUAUCAAGGGGGGUAAUGUGACACAUUCCUAUGGUUCUAAGAGUCAGUUAUACAAAUGGACACAUUCACACAAGAAUCGUUCCCUUCUCCUCCCUGCAACCCCAUCCCAUCCUUCCCUCUCUCCAGCCUUUGUUCACCAGUCUGUUCAGUUUCUGGGUUAUCCUUCCUGCAUUUCCUCUGCAUCUGUUUAUGUUCUUAGGUUUCUCCUUUCUUUUUAUAUAAAAGGUAGCGUACCAUAGAUACUCCUUGGGAUAUUGCUUCUUUUUUCACUCAACAUUGCUUUACGUCCUGGAAAUCACACCUGUUCAGAGCUUCCUCAUUCUUUUUUCUACUCCACCGU